AUGUACUUUCUCGCUUGUAUAUCGAUGCGCCGACUCCUAAAUCGUGUUCAUCAACUCCUCUACGCCCGUGGCACCGGCGCCGCUCUUGACCACGCACGAUUUCCCUACGUCGUUGCCGAGCUCAACCACCAGCUCGAUGAAUGGCGCGAGGUUCUCCCUGCAGCCUUUGCCUUCAGCGUCGGGUUCAAUGAGCUCAACAACAGUCAGAGCACAGCUACAGAACAUGGCGGUUUCCUACGGCAGAGAUAUCUCACCUGCAGGAGCGUCAUCUAUCGGCCAUAUCUCAUGUGGAUGCUGAGUGGUAUGGCGGGUGGCAAUGGGGCUAGCUCUGAACUUAUUGUCAGUCAGGAUGCUCUGAAACACUGCAAAUCUUGCUUGGAUGCGUGCUUGCUGCAUAUUCUCAACCUGAGGGGCUUUGGUCAGACGGUCUUGGUUGAUACAUGGAUUUGCUCGCUAUCUAUGGCUGGCGCAAUGCUUGUUCUGCUUGCUGCCUGCCGCAUCCCCGCGCUUAAGGACAUGAUCGGACCUGAAGUUCUCGGCGCUGGUGACCACUUGAGGCAACUCUUGCAGGGCUGGCAGGGAGUCAUGGGUGAGCCUACAUCACCGAGCAUCAACCAGGCCAUCAGGAUAAUCAGCGAUGCAGAUAGGUUCAUCCAGGAUGUCUACCGAGCUGGAGACUCUUAUUCUAUGAGACGUCAAUGA